CUGCUCUUGUCUUCCCGCUACAGCCCGAGAGAAAAAAAAAAGAGGAACCCAGCCAUGCCUUGGGAAACUAGUGAGAUAAGCUUGGUUUUCUCCUUCCUUUCUUGCUCUAGAACACACCUAGAACCUAGAAAUUUCCCCUCCCCCUGCUGGAAAACCGGAUCUGCUAUGCUCUGCUCCUCAUCGCCGGCUGCUCCUGCUUGUGGGGGGCGAAUUGCUUGGGUUUUGGACCCGUGAGUUUUCCCUGCAGCUUGCCGCCGGCCUUCUUCCCCCUGCCAUGUCCGGUUUCUGCAGCUGUAAAUUCUGGUAUGUGGCAGCCUUAAACCAUUGUUUUUAAGCUUGAUUAAGGUAGAAUUAGCUUGAUUAGUUUGCUGCCGUGUGAUGUCCGAAUUUUGGUAGAAAAAUGGGGGAAAUUCCGGUAGCCUUUGAGCAUGUUUUAAGCUUGGUUUAAGUGUAAAUUAGCUUGAUUAAUUGUUAAAGCUAGCCAUUUCGAGAUUGAUAUAGAUUUUUAGAUAUGAAUCAUGAUCUUGUAUUUGAAGAUUUUAUGUUAUCGGAGUAAAUUUUAAAGAUUUGAUCUUCAGAUUUUGAUGGUAUCAGAGUGUGAUAUGAUAAGUUCCGAGCCUUGUGCACUUGUGGGACCCGUCUCACGAGUGUACGGCGUCUGUCGCACCUCGAAUUUGGGUCUUGGGGCGUGACACAAUCGGUAUUUC